AUAGACGAAACUGGCCGAAGCUGUAUAUCCAACGUGAGCAGAAGCAUCUGCUAUGAGACCUGAAGGAAGAGCUCUGCGAUCACGAUAGUAUAUAAGCAAAGCAUCUUAAAAAGGAUUAUAAUGUCUUAAUAUAUUUAAAACGGCUCAUGUCAGUGGGUGUCCACUGAGCUGCCUGUAAGAUGUCUCUGGUGCUGUUUGCGUCUGUGGUGAGAGUGAGGGACGGUCUACCACUCUCAGCCUCCACAGACUAUGAACAGGAUAAAGGAUUUCAGGAGACUACGAAACAUCUCAAGGGUCUAUCCAAAAAACUCGGCCAGUUUCCUGAUCGCUGCUCACUCAGAUCUGGCCUUUAUAACAUCAAUUUCACAAGCUCUCUUGGAGUCGGGUACCUGAUGGUUUGCACAGAAAGCUAUCCCAAUGUCCUGGCCUUCAGCUUCCUGGACGAGCUUCAGAGAGAGUUCAUUGUCACGUAUGACACCAAGAGGAUCAACAGCGCUUUGAGGCCUUUCUCUUUCAUUGAGUUUGAUAACUUCAUUCGGAAAACCAAGCAACGUUACAACAGCCCACGUUCCCUCUCCACCAAGAUUAAUCUGGCCGACAUGCAGACUGAGUUCAAGCUCCGACCUCCUUAUCAGCUGUCCGCCGAAGACAUUGGAACAAUCAACGGCUUCUCACAACACAAGCAGUCUAAAUAUAAAGGCAUAGCUCCUAAUCAAAUGUUGGAGGCCAUCACCCUGUCUGGUCUCGUCGCCUGCGUCCUAAGUGUCCUGUGCGGCGCUCUUAAUUUGCUGCGGGGAGUCCACGCAAUAGAAAGUGUAUUGCAGAACGAGGAUGAAGACUUUAAUUACGUAGUUGCUUUUUUCCUCGGAACCGUGGCCUGUGUGUAUCAGUGUUACUUGUUCGCCUACUUCUCAAUUUGGAGGAACAUCAAGUCAUUCCUGGCCUUUGCUAUGAUCUGCCUAUGUAACAUGUAUCUGUAUGAACUGCGUAACAUGUGGCAGAUCCUUUUUCACGUGACGGUGGGAGCGUUCAUCACUCUGCAGAUCCACCUGAGACAACCACAGGGCAAAUCACCUGACUACAACGUUUGACCCCCUUGAACACUUUUAAGACUACGUAAUGUAGCCCAACAUGGCAACCCCAACCUGUUCCCACCACAUCGAAGGACCAAAGAACUAUGGAUUGUGAAGCAGGUUUUACUAAAUAUUUUGCUAUUGUUCAAGAAACAUCCGGUCGAGGUCACAGAUGAGAAACUGGUGUUCUUGUUGACGCGAAAGGAUCAUAACCGAGAAUUCAUAAGCGCACAGUAUUAGAUUCACGCAUUAAAUAUUGAAGGAAGCAUUAACAGAUGAAUCAGAUGUGCACAGUUAAUAUAUUUCACAAUAGGAAGGAAUUGUUUUUUGUUUAAUUGACAUCAGGGCUUAAAGGGACCGCUCAUCCAGAAAUGAAAAUUCUUACAUCAUAUCUUGAACAAUGGCUUGAACAUGGAUGGUGAACAGGGUCUGUCGAAAAUAAAAAAAAAUAAUAAAUUCUGAAAAAAGCAUCAAAAUAGCAAAUAAAUAAUUAUUAUUUACACACAGAUGCAUAUUUUUUAUAGGAUUGUUUCAAUACCAAAUCAAAAGUGUAUAUAUAACUUUUUCUCUUUUUUUUUUUGUAAUUUGCAAUGCUUCAUUUGUCUUUUUGUCUUAUUUUCAAAUAGUUUUUUGCUACAAAUAUAAGUUUGUAAUGAUUCAAUUGACCGAUAACUGAUGACGUUUUUUUUUUUUUUCCAAAAUGAAAUAAAUUAAUUGAAAAAUACUUUUGCUGCACCUUAACUGUGUGUAAGAAACCAAUCAAAAUGUAAGUUAUUAUUCACUAGUUUAGUAGUUCAUUAUAAAAAAAAAAACCUCUUGCUUGACCGUUGUAAUAAUUCAUAUUUUAUUACAGUAAAUCACAGCUUAUACCAUCAUCAAAACAUUUCCUUUCGUGUUCCACUGAAUAAAGAAAUGAUUAAAACUUUUCAUUCUUGGGUGAACUUGUCCUUUAAGAUGUCAUUUUAGAAUUUUUUGAUGUAUUGUAUGACACUUUCUCUAUUGUGAUUGUUAAAGCCAAUUCAUAUGCAAGACUUUUUAUAGCUGCCUUUUUAAAAAAAUUGACCUUGCUGGAUUUUCACUCCUUUCUGCAAAAUCAGACUUUGGUGAUUUUAUUUUGUCAUAUGCUUUCAUCGAUGCCUAAUUUGGGUGUCACUGUGUUUGUGGUCAUUAGUCAGACGUCUCUGCUCUGAAAGCAGAAUCAGAUGUGUUAUUUAUCAAUCGUGUCUAUGCUGCCUGCAGGUGUGCUUCCUGCAAAUGAAUGUGGUUGGCUAAGAGAAAUGGAAUCACACUAAUAGACAGACUCUGUUUUUUACCCCCUCAUUGUUUGCUGCCUUUUGUCAACGGGUCUGUUCAGUGACUGUUGAGUGGUAUAAAUGAGUUCUGUUUUAUUCUGUUUCUGUUCACCUGCUUUGUUUUCAUUGUGCAAAUGACAGGUUGAAUGGAUGAUUGACAGAUUAAGGGUCAAGGGGUUUUAUAAUUCCUCAGACGAUGUACGUGCAUUUCUUUUUUCCCUAAGUGUCAGUGAUCAAAGAUGGCAUCUGCAUCUUUGUAUUACAGUGUAUCUCAAGGCUCUCUCUCCAGCAGUAGUGCAUUGCCAGUUUGUUUGUACUCAGAUGAAAGGCCCUGCUUGAAAUAAUCAGUUAAAAACCCUGAUUUGCAUGAUUGUGUGCUUUCCUUUUUUCUUUUUGCACUUUACGCAUUUAUAAAAUAUUAGCAACCAGAGAGGGGGGAUACACAAAGUUGAAAAAUAUUACUGCAUUAUGUUUUACGAGAAAAUACUUCUUUAGUCUUACUACUUAAAAAAGUUCAUGUUUAAUUCAAUGUGUUACUUGUUUCUUUGUAAUUAAUUGUGAAACUUCCAUGCAUUUUCAAAGUGAAAUGUCUUUCUACACGGGUGUUUUAAAGUGUUGUGUCACUAGUUUCUCUGUCAUACACAGUCUAAAUGUUUGAAUAUGUGCUUCUAAGUCACUGAAGUCAAAUAAGUUAAGAGGCUCGCCCAAUUUAUAAACCUGUUGCUAUUCUCAAAUCCUUAGAGCUGCAGUGAUGAUGAUGAUGAUGAUGAUGAUUGUGGUUAUUAGAAGAAGUCAUUUGGCUCUUAGAAGCAUGACAAAUUAAAGUAAUGUUCCAGGUGAUCCAGUGAA